AUGUUCUCCCGCUCUGCUUUCUCAGUCCAAAAGACUUUUAUCCGUGGUGUUCGUUUCAAUUCAUCAGUUGCCAAAGCUCAAAAUGCUGCUCAAGGUUUAGUUGAAAAAGUUACAAAUACUGUUAACAAAUCUAUUUAUUGGUCAAAAGUUACUGGUGAAUUAGCUAAACAAGUUUACUUGAAAGAAAAAUUAUCUCCACCUUCAAUUGCUGACUUCCAAUCAGUUUAUCAAAAAUUAUAUAAACAAGCUUUAGAACUUUCAACAAAACCAAAAGAAGUUUUAACUUUUGCCAAAGGUUUAAAUAAAAAUGAUUUAUUAAACUAUGGUGCUAUAGGUGUUCAAAUUGUUGGUUUAUUCUCAUUAGGUGAAAUCAUUGGCCGUCGUCAAUUAGUUGGUUACCCACGUUUUGGUCCAGCUCCAAGUCACCAUUAG